AUGCCCAAAACAGCUGCUGCCAAACCCAAGGCUGCGAAGCGCAAAGCCCAGCCGGCAACUCCCGCCGCCGCCAAAGCGCCUCGCGGCAACCACGCCCUGUUUGUUGGCGAGCUCCUGGACGCUACUCCUGCCCGCAAACGCAAGCCGCCCCCAGCCGACGACAUUGCGCCCGCCAAAAAGUCGCGGGCCGGGGACCGCGAAUCCGACAUCAACGGAGCGCGGAUCCAGGGCGCCCAGCCACGCGUCGAUCCUGAUCGUCGCCAAGCCGAUCGACAGGAACCUGGGACGUCCACUUCUGGCCAGGUCUACGCCGAACGUCGCGCUGUGGCCUCGCCGUCCAUGCUCCCUCCUUCGUCUGCCCAACAAUCCUCUGACCUAACCUCGCAAAGCUCUCCAGUCACCUCUCGGGGCGGUGCCUCCUCCUCGCGCGCGACCGUCGCGCGCCCAUCAGGUCGCCAGGUGGCCCCAGCCGUCCCAAGCACGGUGGCCCGCACCGUCCGCCAGGUCAACAACUUUGACCAGCAAAACGUUGAUGAAGACGACACCGAACUUGAGGAACAGGAGCGUCCCCGCAAGGUACGCCCCCGCGACUGGCACGCAGCUCUUGGGUUCGACGACGACGAGUCCGAGAAGGCGGACGAGGAAGAGGACAACGAGUCCGAGACCGAGCAGGGUGACAUAGGAGAGGAUGACCAACAGGAACACGACGACCACGGUGGGUUCACUGUUCGCGACUUCGACGACGCCGAGGACGUCUCGCGCCCAGACGUCACCGAAUUCAUUGCUUACAUCAAGCUAAACAAGAAGGCCAGGAACGCCAGGAACCCUGCACGCCUUGUGCCCCACUUCACAAAGUGGGGCCGUCAUUGCCAUCGUCUCGUCGGUGCAUAUACCGAUGUCUCGAAGGUCAUCGUGUGUGGCCUCACUGUCUUGAAGGCCGACCCCCAGACCCCCGAGGGCUACGACGCCUGCUACGCAGCCAUGCCCAACAUGAGCGCCGCCACGGCCAAGUUCUACACGAAGAAGUAUUUCUACCUCUGCGACAAGAUCCCAAAGUUUGUCCUGGUCUCCGGACACCUCCUCUCGAGCGCUGCGAGCGUGUUCGCCUUCGCAAAAUUUAUGAGAAUUCAUGCUUCCGCUGGGCGAUCGUCUGACAUCGCGAGUAUGCGACGCUCGCUGACCUCGUACAUGCCCACAAUUGUGUACCCUUCCGGGCGUACUAUCCUUCCCCUAACCAAAGCACAGUACAACAAUAUCAAGCGUCGUAACACUGGGUAUUAUUCUCAUAGCACAGCGCGGCUCGUGAUCCCUAUCGACGAGCGCGACGCUUUUGACAACGCCCGUGAUCUUAAUCUAUACUGCAAGCGCAAGGCCCUAGAGUACAAGAACUACGUCCAGGGCACCUACCAGCAGUCGAAGAAGUCCAAGGGCAAGUCCACCAGCAUCGUGCCCUUCAAGGACGAAGAGUCUUUUCCGAGUUUCCUGUUCCCGACGUACCAGGAGUACGACCCCUCCCGUGCGCAUCACGCAAUCUUCAAGGGCGAAUUUGUUCUUGAUAUGACCCGCCAUCUUUGGAAGGGUCCGUCCUCGGUUGGUCGCGAUCCCGGCGAGCCAGGCCGAGGGCGCGCCUGCUUGGCCCAGAUCUACCAUGUCACGAAGAUGACACCGGCCCUCAUUGCAUACACCGCGACGCUCGUGCGGUUUGUACUGGGGACCGAAGAGCGUUGGUCCGGCGAUGACUGCCAGCGUUCAGGGCAUCGAUUCCACAUCGCUCUCCAUCAGCUCCUCUCGGACGAGUACGAAGCGUGGGAGGAGGACGUCGAGGAGGGCAAGCUUCUGUGUGGCCUCGACAAGAACGUCGACAACAUCAUAUCUUACUUCAACAGAUGCCUGCUGGGCUCGGAGUAUGGCCACGCUGACGAGCAGACCCCCGUAUUUUGGGAUGUAGGAGUUACGGAGGACGGCAAGGACACUCUGCGCUCGCAAAUGAUCAACGCGCGCAGAGCCGAAUUGGACGCACUUCGACAGGAGUGCAUGAACGCCGUGCAAAGUACAUCGUCGGACUCUCGCGAGCCCUCGCGCUCUCGUUCACCCUCGAUUUUCAUGAUCGAGGCCAUACCCGCGUCCUCGCCGGCGCCUUCGUCACAGCCUUUGUCGCCCUCGUCUCCUCCAUCGGGCGAAGUUGCUGACGCAGAUGUCACGGUCUAG